AGCAUCUACGUGAGGGUUUGACAUAAAGUCCAUGUUAAGGGGUGUUGCUCUGCUGGAACUCAUGAACUUUACUAUAGAGAAUCAAAGAUCUCAUAUCACAAGUCUAUGGAAAUACUCACUGUGGUAAAUCUCGUCAGAAUGAGUCUCUUGUCUUGAUUCAAGUAGCUGACACUGCAUCUUAAAAAAGACAUUGUCAAAGUUGGAGGCUCCCAAGUUCCCUUCUGUUCCAAAUCUUUGUGUGAUGGUGGGGGUUUCUGUGAUGUGGUAAGUUUUGGUUUCCCCCCAUUGUCUUUCUAAAUGAUUACUGGAGUAGAGAGGAGUAAAAUAGACAUGACGGAUGACCUCUUGCAUGACCUCCAUAGGUAACAACCUGGGGCCAGCGCAAUUGAGAGUGUCCUUUUCUAAAGUGAAGUUGAUGAAAAAUCUGAAAAUAAUGGUUACUUUCUGAUACUGGUAGGAUUUAGGAAAUCAUUGGAUAAAUUGAAUAAACAUGGUUCUUUAUGUUUUUGCUGCAGACACAAAGCAGCGGCAUGUGUAUUGUAUUUGGAAGCAAACCUGACCUCCUUCAGUGUAUUGAAGUUUUGAACUACUCUAGUCUCAGUAUAGAGCAGUCUAUAUACUUUCUAACCUAGCCUUCAAAAAUAUGCUAAUUGGACUCUGUAACUUUCAGUUUUAUAAAAUUGUCUGCAAAACAGCGAGAGCUGUAACAGGGUUUGGCUAUAACAUGUGAGCUUUGUGUUCCAGUGUCAGUUACAUGAGACUAGCCAAGGAAGGGCUCUGGGCCAGAAGCCUUGAGGUCACCAAGCUGCCGCACCUGCCGGCUGCAGUUGUGUGUGGCUGAGGUAGUGCUGCCCACGUCGAGCAGAGGGAGAGUUGCUGCUGAAAGGGCGGAAGAGGUGGCCCUUCGGCCUCUCAUCCUAGGGUGCCUGCCCUGCCGUCUAUCCCUAAGAAGAUAUGGAUGAUUUCAGGAGCGGCUGGCUAAGCUUGACACCUCUGACGCCUCUCACCAGCUGGAGUUCCACUCCCAGACUACAUGCCUCCGUCAGUGGCGUCAGAAGCCACACUCAGCUGUGGUUGGCUGUGCUGAUGCAACGCGCUAAGAACAGUGGGGCUUGACUCUGCUGCUUCUAAAUGGCCAUCUCUCCUCACCCCUGCAAGCAGCAUGAAAGAAUUCUUUACAUUCUUCAUCUCACCAUUUCUCCCCAAGAGCAUGCUUUGGAGCUGAAAGAGGGAAGGCAUAGAAGUGUAUUACUGGGUUCCUGGAGAUGGGGUCUCACUGUGCUCAGCUACUUGAGUGAACAUGAGGUCCCUGCUGCAGCUUCUUGUGUGUAUUUACAUAGCUUAUGCUUAUCGAGGGCCUUCUGCACACACCGAUGGGAAUAGGCACAAUGAUGAUUUGGGGCAGGUGGAAACAGGUGGAGAACUAAUUUAGGUUCUCUCUGAGCAGCUGCUUCUUGAGGCCGGCGAGGGGAUGUUGAGCAGGAGGCCAGAAAGUGUUGGGGGGCAUAUGACCAAAGGAAGCAGUAGGAGGCAUGGGAGGCUCAUGCCUGAGGGAGAGAAUGUGGAGUGAGAAAAUGAGGUGAAGUUUGAAUCUUGGGGGCAUCAAUCCAAGUUAUUUUUAAAUCUUGGUGAUUGAUGAUUUUAAACAGAAAUUGAGCAAAUAAAAUAUUAUUUCCCAGUUCUGUAUAUUGGUUGCUUACAAGAGGAUUUUCCUACCAGGACUUACCAGGACUGAUCAUAUACCCUUGUUUUAGAAUACCCAAGACAGAGAAGUGAUAGAGUAGUUACCUCAUAUUUUUAAGGCCCAAGAGCUUAGGUUCCGGGAGUUUGACCAAUAAAGCCACCAAAGAUUUAGUACAACACAGGGCCACCCAGAUCCCUCUGUCUUGAUUAGUCUUGGAAGCAAAAGGGGUUAAGGAGAAGGAGGCAAGGAGAAUAUAUUAAUCCCAAGAAUUGAAGAGCAAAAAUCCCUAUUGCUCUUGUACUUAAAGCACCUCUGCCAUGUGGGCUCACCCCUCACAUUCUAGUUAGUACAUUCCAUGAACCCUCUUAGCCAGCUGUGUCACUUAUUCCUCCUAUUUCUUCUGUUCUAGCCCCAAACCCAUCAAAACCUUCCCAUGUCCCUCCAGAUGUUUUCAGUGGUGCCCUGGGUGUGUGCUCUUGCUCUUCAACUCCAGAGAACUGCUUUUCCCUCUUACUUGACCCUUAACUUAUUCUAACACAUUGUUAAGGGUCUCUGCAGAUAAGGGCACUGCUUGAAGAAGGAACGGCUUGUGUCUGGCUUAUCUCUGGUGUCUCCCAGUGUUAGCGUGGACCUUCAUAGUUUUAGGGUGCUCAUAACCCUUUUGCCAAACUACAGUGCUCAGUCUCCUGGGAAGAGAGGACCUGUAGGUAGAUCAGCUGGGGAACUCCCCAUUUCAGGGGCCUGCAGGCUAUUUAACUUACCUGAAUGCCCAAGAGUGACGUCAUAAAGCCGGGAUUCCCUUCCAGGGCCCUGUUCCCAUCCCCUUGGAAUUUAGAUGCUGAGGAAAUCUCUACGUAGAGAUUUUCUGUUGGAUGAUAAAAACAAGAAAUAAAAAUCGAAAAUUUGGAAAAUGUCUCAACACUUUUGCCAGGACCACACGAGAGUCCUUUCUAGUUCACUGUUCAGUGAUCCGUCUGUGAUGUUCUCUGGGGGACUCGGGAACUUGCAGAAGAAAGAUACUCAAUGUCAGGCAUUUGUGAGGAGAAUCAUAAUGAGUCCUCUCUUUAAGAGAAUUAUGAUUAGCACCGUCACAAUAAAUGCCUUUUUUCUGGUCUUGUGGACUGAUUAUAAGACAAGAUACAACAUGUAUGGAGUUUAUGAGGUCUCAGAAAUCAUCUUCGUGUCCAUCUAUAGUUCUGAGUUCUGCAUGAAGCUCUACAUGGACCCCAUCUACUAUGGGAAGGAUGGCUACAACCUGCUAGAUGUGGUCAUUAUCAUCAUUAUCUUCAUCCCCUAUGGCCUCCGCAAGAUAAAGGGCAAGCACUACCCCUACCUCAGCAUCGCUGAUGGCAUGCAGUCCCUGCGGAUCCUCAAGCUUAUCACCUACAGCCGUGGCAUCCGGACGCUCAUCAGUGCUGUGCGGCAGACAGUCUACACCGUGGCGUCCGUGGUCGCUCUGCUCUUCGUCCUGAUGUACAUCUUCGCUAUCUUGGGCUUCUGUCUAUUUGGAGAUCCAGAUGGGGGUGAUCCGAAUAACUGGGGGAACCUGGCUGCGGCCUUCUUUACCCUCUUCAGCUUGGCCACGGUUGAUGGCUGGACAGACCUGCAGCAGCAGCUGGAUAAACGGCAUUUCGCCUCGAGCCGGACGUUCACCAUCGUCUUCAUCCUGCUCGCCUCUUUCGUCUUCCUCAGCAUGUUUGUGGGCGUGAUGAUCAUUCACACUGAGGCUUUCAUUAAAAAGUUUAAGCAGGAGCUGAUGGUGGAGAGACAGCUGACCCUCAUGGAAAAGAAGCAGGUGCUUCUGAAGCUGCAGCAAGAAGAGGUCAGCAGGCUGCUGCAGACACAGAAAAAUGUUGACUAUGAAAGUUUCAGUAAGCUGGUAGAGAACUUCAAGAGGACCCUGCAGCAUACUGACCCCAUGGUCUUGGACGAUUUUGGCACCAGCCUGCCCUUCAUCGACAUCUACUUGUCCACUCUGGACAACCAGGACACUACGAUCUACAAGCUUCAAGAGCUGUACUAUGAGAUCGUGCAUGUGCUGAGACUAAUGCUUGAAGAGCUGCCACAGAAGAACGAGUCCCGGUCUUCAGAAAAGAUGGAGGAGCAGUAGCUGGAUCCAGGCACCCGGGGAGGAGGGGCUUGCAGACUGUGACAGCCCUACCCCCCGUUAAACACAGGCUUUCUGAGUUGACCUUUCCAUGGUUGCUGUGACUGAGGCAUUUUCCCACUAUUGGGGUUUGGGCCUGGGUAAGUGACUAUGAAGUCUGAUUCCCUGGACCCCCCAACCCCACAUGACACCAGACCUGGGGAGUGAGGAGAAGGAGGCUCAAGACUUGCCCUGGCCAGAGGCCACGUCCAGGGGCCACACAGGCUCUCUUUUGCCUUGCCUCCAGCAGCCAAGACCCACUGAGCUCCUGGGAAAGCUGCCGAGGACCCCAGAGCAAGGAGAGCCUCCAGAAGCCCCAUUAGAGGGUAGGGCUUCCCUGAGCUGGUGCAGCCUUACUGAUCUUGGAACCUGCUGGGCUCAUCCAUGUGGGUGUCCCCACACCAGGCAGAGCUCUAUCUUUCUUUAUGGACCCAUUGCUAGGGAGUCCCUCCUUUGGAAGUCUACUCUGCUUUCCCCUAGCCUCACAAUGGGUGUAGUACCCCUAGAGAUAAUAGCUGUUACUGGCGGGUUCUGUUGUGUGGGCAUAGAGCUCAGGGUGAUCUCUUCUGGGGGAAUGGCCUAGCAGCAAUACUGGGGCACCUGAUACAGAUAUUGGAGGAGUGGCAGCAUCAGGCACUUUGGGCUGUUUCCCCCUUUAUGGUUUGUAAGGACUCUUCAUGUAAAAGGUAGCAUUUUCUGUGUCAUUCUUGGCUGAGUGACUGCUAGAGUUGCCAUGGUCCUGGCACUGCCAUAGUCCAGCCACUGUAGAGUCGUCUGAAUGCCCAGGUAGGGCAGGGUGUCUGACUCCCGACUGGCUAUGGCAGAGGCCCUGCAGUGCCCCUCAGUUCCCAUUGCUGGGGAGUAUUCUUGAUGCCUGUCCCCUUGGCACUGCCAUCUCAAACAGAGAGAGGUGAGCUCUGGGUUGGGAGACCUACUAGUAUCUAUAGCUGAGGCAGAAAGGCCUCGACUGGCCCCCGUGACUGGAUGCAUGGCUUCAGGCCUGGGGGACAGCACCCCUGAGGCCACAGGACAAGGGCAGGUGGGAAAUCAUGGUUUCAUUCAUACAUAUAACUACUAUUUACUGAGCUGUCUUGGAUGCUUGGGGUUCUGUAAUGAGUCUUGUCCUGGCCUUCUUGGUAUUUGUGGUGUUUAGGGGAGACAUUAAUCCAACCAGACUGGAUGAGAGAAAAUUUCCCUGAGGAAGUGACAAUAAUCGUUUGAAUGCAGAGAACACAAGUUUUCUAAGAUACUCAAAUCAUUUCCAUUUGUAAAUGCUCACACUCUCAGAAACUAAUUGAGAAUUUUGUAAACAAUGCUAAGAAGGAUUGCUCUGGAGUGAGACUGGUCAUCAUGCGGUGGAGCAGCCCUCUGAGGGCAGGGCAUGGAGUUGACUUCUUCCUGGGGGAGAGAGAACUUUAGGUCAACCCUUGGAGAUGGACCUGAAGUGAGCAGGGUGUCUAUGCCCUUCGCGGAGGGGGGAGAAACUCAGGGUCUUAUGCAUCUAAUGCCUGACUACGAAGGCUAGAGGACUUCUAGGGGUGCUCUGGUGGGUGAAGCCCAGUCAGUAGGGCAGGUAGGCCUCAGGCAAUGGCUCUAAUUCAGGGCUGGGUCAAAACAGACAUUGACAACUGCUCACACUGUUGUGCACACUGUUGGUGCACUGUAUGCCAGUGUUGCUCAGGGGAAUAAGAAAACAUCCACCUGCUCUCAUUAGGAAAAACAAUAGAAAAGAGCAAAGAAACUAAGAGCUGAUUCUAUAAAAAGAUAAACAAAAUCGAUAAACCUUAGCAAGACUCAUCAAGAAAAAAAGAGAGGGCUCAAAUAAAUAAAAUUAGAAAUGGAAGAGAAGUUACAACAAACAUCAUAGAAAUACAAAGGAUCAUAAAAGGCUACUAUGAACAAUUUUACUAUGAAAAAAAUAGAUCACGUGGAAGAAAUGGAUAAAUUCCUAGAAACAUACAAUCUUCCAAGAUUGAAUCAGGAUGAAAUAGAGAAUCUGAACAGGUUGAUUACUAGUAACAAAAUUGAAUCACAAUAAAAACACUCCUAAUAAAGUCCUGGACUUCUGUCCAGGACCAGCUGGUUUCACAGGUGAAUCCUACCAAACAUCCAAAGAAGAGUUAAUACUUAUCCUUCUCAAAGUAUUCCAAAAAAAUUAAAGAGGAAGGAACAUUUCCAAGCUCAUUGUAAGAGUCCAGUGUUACCCUGACACCAAAAUCAGGUAAAGAUACUACAGAAAAAUAAAAUCUCAGGCCAUUAUCUCUGAUGAACAUAGAUGUAAAAAUUUUCAACAAAAUAUUCACAAACCAAGUUCAACAAUACAUUAAGAGGAUCAUACACCAUGAUCAAGUGGGAUUUAUUCCAGGGAUGUAAGGAUGGUUCAAUAUCUGCAAAUCAAUCAGUGUGAUAUACCACAUUAACAAAAUGGGGAAUAAAGAUAUUAUGAUCACCUCAAUAGAUGCAGAAAAACUAUUUGAAAAAACUCAACAUUGAUAUGAUAAACACUCUAAAAAGUGGGUAAGAAGGAAUAUCUCAUCAUAAUAACAAAGGCCACAUAUGACAAACUCACAUAUUCAAUGGUGAAAAGCUGAAAGCUUUUCCUCUAAGACCAGGAACAAGGCAAGGAUGCCCACUCCUGCCAUUUUAUUCAACAAUGUAUUUGUGGAAGUCCUAGCCACAGCUACUAGGCAAGAAAAAGAAAUAAAAGGCAUCCAGAUUUGAAAAGAAAGUAAAAUUGUCACUAUUCACAGAUGACAUGAUAUUAUAUGUAGAAAACCCUAAAGCCUCUAAUAGUUCAAAGCUAUUAGAACUAAUAAAUGAAUUCAGUAAGGUUUCAGGAUACAAAAAUCAAUAUACAGAAAUCUGUUGUGUUUUUACACACUAACAAUGAGCUAGCAGAAAGAGUAAUUAAGAAAAUCCCGUUUACAAUUGCAUCAAAAAUAAUAAAGUACCUAUAAGUAUUUUAUUUAACUGAGGUGGAGAAAGGCCUGUACUCUGAAAACUACUGAUAAAAGCAAUUGAAGACAACACAGAUAAAUAGAAAGGCAUACUAUGCUCAUGGAAUGGAAGAAUUAAUACUCUUAAAAUGUCCAUACUACCCAAAUCAAUCUAUAGAUUCAUUGCAAUCCAUAUAAAAAUUCCAAUGACAUUUUUCAGAGAACUAGAACAAAUUAUCCUAAAAUUUAUAAACCACAGAAACCCUGAACAGCUGAAGCAAUCUUAGGAAAGAGAAACAAAGCGUGGGGUGUGCUCCUGAAUUUCAAACUAUAAUACAAAGCUGUGGUAAUCAAAACAGUAUGGUAUUUGCUCAAAAAUAGACACAUAGAUCAACGGAGCAGAAUAGAGAGUUCAGAAAUAAACCCAUACUUAUAUGCUCAAUAUCUAUGACAAUCUAAAAGAUAAUCUCUUCAAUAAGUGGUAAUGGGAAACUGGGCAGCUACACGCAACAGAAUGAAGCUGGGCCAUUUUCUUAUACCAUAAACAGAAACAAACUCAAAAUAGUUUAAAGACUU